AUGUCGCCGUCACUACCUUAUGCCGCCGACGUUGAGUCGCCUCUGAAGCCCGACGAACUCCAAGUCCUGCGCGCGCAAUACGAGAAAGAAGGCGAAUACGCCGGUCUACAGACAAAGUUCAACUACGCCUGGGGCCUGAUCAAGUCCAACAACCGCCCCGACCAGCAAGAAGGCGUGCGCCUGCUGUCCGAGAUCUUCCGUGGCUCGCGCGAACGCCGUCGCGAAUGCCUUUACUACCUCGCCCUGGGCAACUACAAAUUAGGCAACUAUGCAGAGGCGAGGAGGUAUAAUGAGCUGCUGUUGGAGCUUGAGCCGGCGAAUUUGCAGGCGGGGAGCUUGAAGGGACUUAUUGAUGAGAAGGUUGCGAAGGAGGGAUUUGUCUUCAGCACGAACUGUUCGUCUACUAGCCCACGCUGCUGGCAGCAGUGGUUGUGCAGCUCAUCUUCUUCUCAGCCACGACCAAAUCAGAACACCGCAGACAUGGACCACUCAGCAAACCAGAACGCGCCCACAUCGGCGGGGAGUCAGAGGCCCGAACACCGCGAUAUGAUGUUUUGCCACGAAUGCGCCGACGAAUGGUACAGAGACGAGCGCGGCCUCACGUGUCCGGAGUGCGGUUCAGACUUCACAGAGAUCAUCGAAGACGACAAUGACCCACGGGACAGCAACAUGUUCGGCCACGAUGGCGACCAAGACGACGACUCCAUGCACGACCUCGAGCAUGCUCCACUACGCUUAAACCCCCACCAAAACCCGUUCGCGAACGAUGACCCAGAGGAGGCAGACAUUAGCAACUUCAACUUCGUGCGGGUCGGACCUGGUAGAUUCAACGUCCAGGCUACCAUAACACGGUCGGUCUCUCCGCAAGGUCUUGGUGCCGCUCAUGCUCCUGGCUCUAUUGGUGGCUUCAUGUCUAUGCUUAACGGCUUAACACGGGCUGCUGUACAAGGACAAGCGCCAGGUCAAGGUCGACCUCAGGGACAGGGUGAAGGACUAUUUUCGGGUGCUGGGCAGUCGGCACAUCAAGAGGCACAAGGGCAAGGUCAACCAGGGGCGCACACUGGGCGAUUUACAUACCAUGGUGGAGCGCGACUAGCACCACGAGGUGAUGGCCCUGGCAUGCGUAUCGAGCCUGUCGAUGACAUCUCGAACGUCAUGACUGGUCUGAUGGCAGCACUUGGAGCUCAGAACAUGCCACAGGGCGGUGACGGCAGCGGCCGCGGUGGACCAGGCGGCGAGAACGUACCCGCCCCGUUCUUGAACCUCUUCCAAUCGCUGGGUCUUAUACCUGGAGGAGGUCAAAUGGGUGAUUUUGUAUACUCGCAAGAGGGCCUCGACCGCAUUGUCUCUCAGCUCAUGGAACAGACAGCUACGAGCAACGCUCCUCCGCCCGCCACACAAGCCGACAUCGACGCGCUGCCCAGGAAGAAGGUCUCCGAAGAUAUGCUUGGCCCCGAGCACACCGCUGAGUGCAGCAUCUGUAUGGAUGAAGUUAACAUCGGAGAAGAGGUCACCGAACUGCCUUGCAAGCACUGGUUCCAUCACCCAUGUGUCUCUGCAUGGUUGAUCGAGCACGACACAUGCCCACACUGUCGAAAGGGCAUCACCAAACAACCAGAAGGCGGGGCAAACGCUCAGGCCUCUACGUCAGGUGCGCAAGCUUCUACCGAAGCCCAGGCAUCAGGCUCACGGUCGAUGCCAGGUGCUUUCGAUAACGUGUCUGAGGGCGGAUCUGCAGACGACCAAGUAACCGGUACCUCCACAGCUACCGAUGCGGCUUCAGGUGGACUCGGCGAUCGGAUACGCAGGGGUUGGUUUGGUCCGCAGUCGUGA